GUGUGUUCUGCUCCCACUCCUGGGGAUGAAGCCUCCCCCACAGAGCCUGUACCUGCUGGUGGACUCUGUGGAUGAAGGAUGUAACAUUGCUGAAGGGGAACACUCGUCCACCAGCUUCUCUGGGACUGUGGCAGAGCUGUUAGCUUGUCACCAUGAGUUCUUUCCACCAUGGCUACUGCUUCUCUGUUCUGCUCGAAAACAGAGUAAGGCUGUUACUAAAAUGUUUACUGGUUUUCGAAAAAUAAGCUUAGAUGACCUUCGGAAGGCCUAUAUUGUCAAGGACGUUCAGCAGUACAUUCUUCAUCGAUUAGAUCAAGAAGAAGCUUUGCGACAGCACCUCACAAAGGAAACUGCAGAGAUGCUAAAUCAACUGCACAUCAAAAGUAGUGGAUGCUUUCUUUACUUGGAACGAGUUUUAGAUGGAGUAGUAGAAAAUUUCAUUAUGUUAAGAGAGAUUCGUGACAUCCCAGGAACUCUAAAUGGUCUAUAUCUUUGGCUCUGUCAGAGACUUUUUGUAAGAAAACAGUUUGCAAAGGUACAACCUAUUUUGAACGUGAUUCUUGCAGCCUGCCGACCUUUGACCAUAACAGAAUUGUAUCACGCAGUAUGGACCAAAAAUAUGUCAUUAACUUUGGAAGACUUCCAACGCAAGUUAGAUGUCCUUUCCAAACUUCUUGUUGAUGGAUUAGGAAAUACUAAAAUACUGUUUCACUAUAGUUUUGCAGAGUGGCUUCUGGAUGUGAAGCACUGUACUCAGAAGUAUCUUUGUAAUGCAGCAGAAGGACACAGAAUGUUGGCUAUGAGUUAUACCUGUCAAGCCAAGAAUCUGACACCAUUAGAAGCACAAGAAUUUGCCUUGCACUUAAUUAAUUCAAACUUACAAUUAGAAACAGCUGAGUUAGCUCUGUGGAUGAUAUGGAAUGGCACCCCUGUCAGAGACUCUCUGUCUACCUUGAUCCCCAAGGAACAAGAAGUGCUGCAGCUUUUGGUUAAAGCUGGUGCUCAUGUCAACAGUGAAGAUGACCGCACGUCAUGCAUAGUCCGACAAGCCUUAGAAAGAGAGGACUCCAUUCGGACUUUACUGGAUAAUGGAGCUUCAGUAAAUCACUGCGAUUCCAAUGGAAGGACAUUACUGGCUAAUGCGGCAUACAGCGGCAAUCUUGAUGUGGUGAAUUUGCUUGUCUCUAGAGGAGCAGAUUUAGAGAUAGAAGAUACUCAUGGGCAUACACCACUCACUCUAGCUGCUAGACAAGGACACACCAAGGUGGUCAACUGUUUGAUUGGGUGUGGGGCAAAUGUUAAUCAUACUGAUCAAGAUGGCUGGACAGCAUUAAGGUCCGCUGCUUGGGGUGGCCAUACUGAGGUAGUUUCUGCACUACUUUAUGCUGGCGUAAAAGUAGAUUGUGCAGAUGCUGAUAGCCGAACAGCUUUGAGAGCAGCAGCAUGGGGAGGCCAUGAGGAUAUUGUUCUAAAUUUGCUGCAACAUGGUGCUGAAGUUAACAAAGCUGAUAAUGAAGGGCGAACUGCUCUGAUAGCAGCAGCGUACAUGGGACACAGAGAGAUCGUGGAACACCUGCUGGACCAUGGGGCAGAAGUAAAUCAUGAGGACGUCGAUGGCAGAACUGCACUCUCUGUAGCUGCACUUUGUGUGCCUGCAAGUAAAGGGCAUGCGUCAGUCGUUAGCCUUUUAAUUGAUCGAGGUGCUGAAGUAGACCAUUGUGAUAAAGAUGGCAUGACUCCACUGCUUGUAGCUGCCUAUGAAGGACAUGUUGAUGUGGUUGACUUGCUUCUAGAAGGAGGAGCUGACGUAGAUCACACAGACAACAAUGGUCGAACGCCCCUGUUAGCAGCAGCUUCUAUGGGUCAUGCUUCAGUAGUCAACACACUUUUGUUUUGGGGUGCAGCUGUGGAUAGUAUUGAUAGUGAAGGCAGGACAGUCCUUAGCAUAGCUUCAGCACAGGGAAAUGUCGAGGUGGUCCGCACUCUGCUGGAUAGAGGCUUAGAUGAAAAUCAUCGAGAUGAUGCUGGGUGGACACCUCUGCACAUGGCAGCUUUUGAAGGCCACAGAUUAAUAUGUGAAGCACUUAUUGAGCAAGGUGCUAGAACAAAUGAGAUCGACAAUGAUGGCAGAAUCCCUUUCAUAUUAGCUUCACAAGAGGGUCAUUAUGAUUGUGUUCAGAUAUUAUUGGAAAAUAAAUCCAAUAUUGAUCAAAGAGGUUAUGAUGGAAGAAAUGCACUGCGAGUUGCUGCCUUAGAAGGACACAGAGACAUUGUGGAGUUGCUUUUUAGCCAUGGAACUGAUGUUAACUACAAAGAUGCUGAUGGAAGGCCCACACUUUAUAUCUUAGCCCUAGAAAACCAACUUACAAUGGCUGAAUAUUUUUUAGAAAAUGGUGCAAAUGUAGAAGCAAGUGAUACUGAAGGAAGGACGGCACUUCAUGUUUCCUGCUGGCAAGGCCACAUGGAAAUGGUGCAGGUUCUCAUGGCCUUCCACGCCGACGUCAAUGCUGCAGACAAUGAAAAGCGCUCUGCUCUGCAGUCUGCAGCCUGGCAGGGCCACGUUAAAGUGGUUCAGCUUCUGAUUGAGCAUGGUGCCAUUGUGGACCAUACCUGUAAUCAAGGUGCAACUGCACUCUGUAUCGCAGCCCAGGAAGGACACAUUGAUGUUGUGCAGGUGUUGUUAGAGCACGGUGCUGAUCCAAACCAUGCUGAUCAAUUUGGCCGCACUGCCAUGCGUGUGGCAGCCAAAAAUGGACAUUCCCAAAUAAUUAAAUUGUUAGAAAAAUAUGGUGCAUCUAGUCUGAAUGGCUGUUCCCCAUCCCCUGUUCACACAAUGGAGCAAAAACCUCUGCAGUCUGCAUCAUCAAAAAUGCAGUCACUAACAAUUAAAUCAAAUAGCUCUGGUAGUACUGGUGGAGGGGAUACGCAGCCUUCUUUACGAGGUUUGCCGAACGGCCCCGCUCAUGCUUUCAGCUCUCCCUCAGAGUCUCCAGACUCGACAGUUGAUCGGCAGAAGUCAUCAUUGUCAAAUAAUUCCCUGAAAAGCUCAAAGAAUUCGUCUCUGAGAACGACUUCAUCUACAGCAACAGCUCAAACAGUGCCAAUUGAUAGCUUUCACAGCUUGUCAUUUACAGAACAAAUUCAGCAGCAUUCGUUGCCACGCAGUAGAAGUCGACAGUCAAUUGUUUCCCCCUCUUCUACAACACAAUCCUUAGGACAAAGUCAUAAUUCACCAAGUAGUGAGUUUGAGUGGAGUCAAGUAAAGCCUAGUUUGAAGUCAACUAAAGCAAAUAAAGGGGGGAAAUCAGAAAAUUCCAACAAAUCGGGGUCCGCUGGGAAAAAAGCUAAACAAAGUAAUUCUUCACAGCCAAAGGUUUUAGAAUACGAAAUGACUCAGUUUGACAAAAGAGGACCUGUAGCCAAAUCUGGGACUAGCGUACCACCUAAACAAAUGCCGGCAGAAGCUCAGUGCAAAAUCAUGAUACCCUCAGCUCCACAGGAAGUCAGCCGAGCUCAGCAGCAGUUCCUCAUUCAUCAACAAAGUGUGGAGCAGAAGAAGAGAAACGGAAUAAUGACAAAUCCAAAUUACCACCUGCAGAGCAACCAGGUUUUUCUUGGUAGGGUUUCCGUCCCACGAACAGUACAAGAUAGAGGGCAUCAGGAAGUGUUAGAGGGGUAUCCUUCCUCAGAGACAGAAUUAAGCCUUAAGCAAGCCCUGAAGCUUCAGAUCGAAGGUUCUGAUCCUGGCUUCAAUUACAAAAAGGAAACACCACUAUAAAAGUUUCCUACUCUGAGAAACAGAAGACAUUGUGAUUGGAGUGGUUCUUCAGCUACUGGAUGAAAACAUAAAAUGCCUAUUGAUUUGCUGA